AUAAAAGGAGGGAAAUGAUGACCCAGGCGUUCGGAUGACCAGCCGGGGGCGCUGUGGUCUGGGGAUUCAUACAUAAAAGGCUGGUGUUUGUGUCUUCAGAGGGUUUUAUGUCUGCGUUUCAUGUGUCGUGCACAUUUUCUGCCUAAGACUCUGAAGCCCCGACACAAAGGAGCUGCUCUGCUUCCCACUCAUUCAUCCAUCCAUCCGUUCACCAGUCGGUUUAACCCCCCUCCAAGGAUGGAUCUGCCAAGCUUCUUUCUCCGGCUCAUCACAGCUGUGGUGCUGACGUCCUCCUGGUGCGUUAGGGGUCUGCGGGUGGACAUCUUGCCCGUUAGGCCUCUGUUCAGGCUGGGGGAUCGUCGGCAGCUGGUCUGCCGGGUUCAGGACUGUCCCGCAGUGGCCAGCGUGUCCUGGUCGCCCAUGGAGGACCGUCCCCUCACCGCCUCCGUCAGCAACAACCGCACCCACUCGGUGCUGACCAUCAGCUCCGUGACGACGGAGCACGAGGGAGCGCUGCUCUGCAAGGUGGGCUGCGGCCAGCAGCGGCGGCAGGUCAAAACCAACGUGCGGGUUUACAACUUCCCAUCAGCCCCCAAGAUCACUUUUCAGGAGGAGCUGAGAUUGGGGGUGGACUCCACCCUGGCCUGCCAGGUUGAUAAAGUGUACCCCGCCGAGCACCUGACCCUCACCUGGCUGAGGGGGGACGCCGUCCUGCUGAUGACCACUGGAGAUCCGGGGUCCACAGCAGUCCGGUCAGAGUACAGGUUCACGCCUCAGAAGCAGGACUCAGGAGGGAGGAUCACCUGCCGGGCCGUGCUGGAUCUGCAGGACCUGCCGGCUGAAGACCGGACCAAAGAGUCCGGCCUGACCCUAAACGUCCUCUACGCUCCCGUUUUCACGGCGGUCUCCGGCUCCAUGAUGACCAUGGCCGGCUCUCCGCACACUCUCAGCUGUUCUGCCGAGGGAAACCCUGAGCCGAGCGUCAGCUGGGCCUUCCGGACGGCGGACGGCCGCUCUGUGCGGCGAGGUCGUGGUGGUCAGCUCGUUUUCCCGGCGGUGGAACUUUCUGAUGCUGGCGGGUACGAGUGUUGGGCCCAAAACAGCGAAGGAAACGUCAGCGCCGCUGUGAACGUCACUGUUCACGCUCCACCCACCAACACCACCCUCUCGGUGAGUCCAGGUAGGGAGGUGGUGGAGGGUCAGCGAGUGACCUUUACGUGCCACUCUGAAGGUUCUCCGAUCCCCACAUUGGUGAUAAAGAAGGAGGGAGAGGUGCUAGCUAAGAGUGAGCCCACCUCCCCUUCGCUGACCAUCAGCAUUCCCUCCACGGUGCUUGAAGACACCGCCCUCUAUAGCUGUGAAGCCUCCAACAACUACGACUCCCAGCAGACGUUCGUCUCCGUCACAGUCAGAGCUCACCCUCUGCAGGUGGAGGCGAGUCCUCAGCUGUCGGCCGAACGGGGCUCGGCUCUGACUCUGACCUGCAGGGCGUCCGGAUGCCUGCACCCCCCGAUGCUCAGCUGGAGGAGGACGGACCGCAACGGGACGGUCCUCCAGCGGACGCAGCAGCCAGACGGCCGCUCGCUGCUCCACCUGCAGGACCUGGACCUCCAGCACCAGGGAACCUACAGCUGUGAGGCCGAGUGUGACGCCGUCAUCAGGACCAGAGAGAUCCACGUCCACGUCUACUCGUUUCCGUCUGAUCCUGUUCUGGAGGAUCCGGGCCCGGUUCUGCUUGACCAGGAGGCUGAUUUUCACUGCGACAUCAGCAGCGUCUUCUCGGCCAAUCAGCUGAGGGUCCGCUGGCUGUCGGGGAACGCAACGUUGAUGUCGGAGUCAUUCCGAUUCUCCGGCUCUUUACAAAACAUCUCUUCUGUUCUGAAACACCGGGUCAGAGAGGAUCAGCAGGUCUUGACGUGCCAAGUGGAGCUGCUGACGGAGGGCGGGGACAUUUGGAGGUCCAGAAGAACCAGCAUCCCUCUGCAGGUCCACUAUCCUCCACGGCUGACCGCCCUGUCCAUGAGCUCUGGUGAGGAGGUGGUUGAGGGGCAGCAGGUAACUCUUACCUGCCGCUCAGAUGGCGCUCCUCCUCCCACGCUGUUGCUGAAGAGAAAUGGGACGGAGCUUAAGAGGAGCAGCGUUGCCUCCAGCUCAUUAACCUUCAGCAUCUCCUCCACCCUGCUGGAAGACUCCGCCCUCUACAAGUGUGAGGCUUCCAACCAGUAUGGCAACCAGUCUGUCUCCAGCUCCAUCACUGUCAAAGCUCCUCCCAGAAACACCACAGUCAUCAUCCUGCCCUCCGAGGUGGUCCAGGAGGGACAAAAUGUCACCGUUUGCUGCCAAACCAUCAGCUUCCCGCCAUCAGCCGUGAUUCUGAAGAAACUGAGCAACGGGACAGAGCUUUUCUCCACCAAUGGCACUUUCCUGCUGGUCAACGUCACCACCAGAGACUCGGGGCUGUAUCAGGUCAACGUGACCAAUGACCUGGGAUACCAGAUCAAAGUCUUCAGCAUCAGCGUCAGAGAAAGCACUUCCGGACGUCCUCCCGGCCUCGGCGCAGUCCUCGUCCCCGUUCUCAGUGUGGCCGCCGGGCUGGCGGCGUCAGCGCUGCUCCUGGACUACUUGAGGAGAUCCAGGAAGAAAGGUUUUUACCAGCUGCCGCAGUCUGCCCCGCCGACCGCCAGCUAACAGACUCGCCCUCAACCAGCGUCAUCCUCUGGAAGAAGCAGCUAAAACACCCGCACGGAGCGGUGCUCUUUCUUCCAAUAGCGUGCCUCCAUAUGGCAGCCAAUGGACCCUGUCUGGGUCUACGACUACUGCCCCCAACAUUUGUCCAGAGUUUGGCCCCUUCUGCGCUUCUAACCGUCAUCAUGUGGCCUCAAAGCUGAAUGUAUGGAUGCAAGUGGCCCAACAUGUAGCUUCCACGGUGGGGCAGCUCUCUGAAAGACUCAGCCAACAUGCUGUAAGAUAUGGCUGAAAGCUCCUAGACUUUGACUUCUACCUCAUUAUGUCUCACAAUCACUACUCACAAUCACUAAAUGUGAUUGUGCCCCAUUUGUAACAAACGCCCAUCACAAUCUGUCUAAAACUAAGACAAUACAGCAGACCAAAACCCUCCCCACUGGCGACUUUUAGGCCCGAAUUGAGGCCAAAAUCCCCAAAGGAGUUCUGAGGAUCCAGUCUGAAUUGACACGGUGGCGGAGUUUUUCAGCAGUGUGACUGAAACUCUUCAGAUGCUGAAGGAAAACAGACUAAGUGUAAAUGUUGGUCACGUCUGUGCGGUACUGCUGCGUCCACAGUGUUCACUCUUAGAUGUGUACAAUCUGCUUUUCUCUGCUUUUAUUAAAGAUAUUUAUUUCGUAGGUGUUCCUCUGAGAUUUGUGUCUGACACCACUGAACCUGUAUUUGGGAAAUUCCAUGGAGUUGCCCAGCUUUUGCUUUUGCUUUCAUUGACUGGAAAUCAUCAGGGGUUACUGUGGAGACGCUCAUUUGAAACACAGGCUGUUUGUUUUUUUUUAGUGUUUUGUUCAGAGCUGCUUUGGAAAAAGGAAAGUCCUGUGGCUCAGAGAGGAGUUUUCCUCACUCAUUAAGUCUGCAGCUGAACACAGGGAUGAAAAUGUCCUGCUAAAAGACACCACAACUCAAAAUAACAGCCAGAUAAAACUGUUGGUCAAAGCAUUUAACGGCUGCUUCUAAAGUCACACGCAAAGGGAAGUUGUUGUCACUUUAAUGAGUUAUUUCUGACUUGCUUUAAACCUGCUCUCUGACUCCCAUGUCAAACAGAUUGCUGCCUUCUUUCCCUUCGUAAUGUUUCCAAAAUGAGGAGCAUCCUGUCUUAGAGUGAUAACAUAACUGCUCCAUCAUUUUGUUCCUACCAUGGGAGCUCCCAUGAUGCACCUCUCCUCCCUCUGCUCUCUGUCCUCUCCAUGUACAUGUGACAUUAUUGUUGUCAUUAUAGUGUUUCUCUUUCUUAGCACGUGUCUAUGGUAUGGUGUCAUGGUGCUGGUUGGCC